AUGACUGGUGAUGAUAGUGAUGAUGGAAUUAAUGGUGGUACUACAGGUGAUAUUUUAUCCAGUGAUAAUCAAAAUUCGUUAAAUGGUUAUCAGCAGCUUGGCGAAUUACGCUUACGACUCUUUUAUACAGCGGAACACGUGCUACCAGUGGAAUUUUAUAAGCCACUACAGAUGAAUCUUGUAAAAUCAUUAACGUUACAACCAUUUUGCGCAUCGCCAGUUGGAAUUCUCGAAUAUUUGCCAUCGGUAGAUUUAUUGGCGAUUGCAAGAUCAUUAAUGAAAAUUUUCGUGCAAGCUGAAUUAAUACGUCCAUUAUUGAGGAUUCUUUGCGCCGAUGAUAUUUUAAAAUGCCAGGACGUAAAUACUUUAUUUCGGAGUCAGUCAUUAGCAACAAAGAUAAUUCAUGAACAAAUGAAGUUUUUUGGGCAUCAUUAUCUUGUGAUCUCAAUUAAACCUGUUAUCGACAUGAUUUAUUGUGAGCGUAAAUGUUGCGAGAUUGAUCCGAUGAAGUUAAAACAAGGCGAUAGUUUGGGAUCGAAUAAGCUAAAUCUAAUAGUGUAUGGUGAGAUAACAUUUUCACGAGUGGUCGAUUCAAGUCAUCGUUGUCCAUUAAUGCUACGUGAAAUGUUUUCCGAUUUACGUGAACUUGCAGCGCAACAUUUUCCGAGUCGAGAAGAUAUUCAACGAUUGGUGCUUAGUUCAUUCAUUAUUAUGCGUUUCUUUGCGGCUGCUUUGAUGAAUCCGAAAUCAUUUGGACUUAAACGUGAUCAACCAGAAGGUGUUGUUUGCCGUACAUUGGUACUUCUGUCAAAAAUACUUCAACGACUCUCGAAUUGUGUUGUUUUUGCGAAUUCACUUACUGAAAAAGAGCCAUGGCUUUCAUCAGUUCUUGAAAGAUUCACAGAUGAACAACAUCGGCUUGCAAUGUUAAAGUUUCUUAAUACAAUAUCAAUGACAGAGAAUGCCACAGAUGUAAAUUAUGAAAAUCUCUCGGUUGUUCGGGACGGAUUUUUUAUCGAAAGAAGAGUUCGAGAAAAGCGUCGAAUAUUGAGAAAUUUAGUAAAUCAAAAGCGACGAUAUGUUGUGCUAACAGAAAAUGAGAUUUGUUGGCAAAAAACAAAAGCAGAUGCAGAACCGAAAGGCCGAAUGAGAUUGCAAGAAGUGAAUCAAAUAGAACCGGUCGUCGAUGCAAAAAAUGUUUUCAGGAUAGCAUCACCGGAUUGUGAAAUUCAAUUUCAGGCACCGAGCACUGUUGAAAUGAAUGAAUGGAUAGUACAAAUUCAGAAGCAACGCAAGCGACAACUUAUGAUUGCGUUACGUACGAGCGAAUCAAACGAUGCAUUCGAAAUAGAUACUGAACGAGAAUUAGAAGCAAUUCAUGCAAUACUUUAUGAAAAUGCGGAAACAUUAAAAGAAUGGAAGAAUAUACUGGAAGGAACGGAUAUUCCGAUUGGACAUCCUUGCAUACCAAUUGCAUUACAGGAUCAGUUGAAAAAUAAUGAAAAUCCGGAACAAGCAAAACAACUCUUUUACAAUAGUCUUCAAGAAAUUUUGCAUAGUACUAUAUUAAUCGAGAAAUCACAUGAUGAAAUUGUAAAUCGUUUUAUCAAACAAAUUCGCUACGGUAAAGGAACACGGGAAGUACCAAUCGGUGAUGAUAAUUAUUUGCUACUAAAAUCACGAUUUCGUAAGAGCAUCGAUGAAACAUGA